CUGUCUCUUCAACUAUUUGUGACUCUGUCAGUUGCGUUUCUUUCUUCUUUGUCUGUGUAGUUCUCCCUGUUCGGGCAAUAGCAAGAGAAAGUAAGAGAAAAACCAAAAGGAAAGAAAGAAAGAAGAAGAUAAUAUAAAAUAUUAUAUUACAUGGGUUUUCUUUGCUGCAGUGGGAAACCGAGCAAGCGAUCAGAGAGCAGCAGCAUCAAUGAAAAUAACAGUAACAUUAAGCGCAAGGAUCAAGCACAAGUCACUUCGGGGUCAUUGAAAAUGAAGCCAUAUGUGAACAAUUUAAGUAAAGAGGGGGAAUCUAAGGAUGAUCAAUUGUCAUUGGAUGUAAAGAGUUUAAAUAUGAAGGAUGAGAUUUCUAAGGAUAGAAGAAGCAAUGGAAAACAGGCUCAAACUUUUACUUUUGAGGAACUUGCGGCCGCAACGAGCAAUUUUAGGUCUGAUUGUUUUUUGGGUGAAGGAGGUUUUGGUAAGGUUUACAAAGGGUACCUGGAAAAAGUCAACCAGGUUGUUGCUAUCAAGCAACUUGAUCGAAAUGGAGUUCAGGGGAUUAAGGAGUUUGUAGUUGAAGUAGUGACUUUAAGUCUAGCAGACCAUCCAAAUCUUGUCAAGUUGAUUGGGUUUUGUGCUGAGGGAGAUCAGAGGCUAUUGGUUUAUGAGUACAUGCCAUUAGGAUCUCUGGAAAAUCAUUUACAUGAUAUUCCACCCAAUAGGCAACCGCUUGAUUGGAACACAAGAAUGAAAAUAGCUGCUGGUGCAGCAAAAGGUUUAGAGUAUUUGCACAAUGAAAUGAAACCUCCUGUUAUAUACCGCGACUUAAAAUGCUCCAACAUUUUGCUUGGCGAGGGCUAUCAUCCUAAGCUAUCUGAUUUUGGUCUGGCAAAAGUGGGACCCAGCGGAGAUAAGACUCAUGUUUCUACAAGGGUUAUGGGCACCUACGGAUACUGUGCACCAGAUUAUGCAAUGACAGGUCAGCUGACAUUUAAAUCAGAUAUUUAUAGCUUCGGGGUUGUUCUUUUGGAGCUCAUCACAGGCAGGAAAGCAAUUGAUCAAAGAAAAGAACGUGGUGAGCAGAAUCUAGUUGCAUGGGCUCGACCCAUGUUCAAAGACCGGAGGAACUUCUCAUGCAUGGUUGACCCUUUGCUUCAAGGUCAAUAUCCAAUAAGAGGAUUAUACCAAGCCCUCGCCAUUGCCGCAAUGUGUGUGCAGGAGCAGCCCAAUAUGCGCCCUGCUGUAUCCGAUUUGGUUAUGGCUCUGAACUAUCUGGCAUCUCACAAAUAUGAUCCCCAAAUCCCUUCUGUCCAAGACUCUCGGAGGAGCCCAUCUCGUCCUGGAUUAGAUAAGGACAGGGGACAAUGAUGUAGCAUAAAUUGCAUAGGGUGGGUCCACGAGUGACUAAUAUGGAGGAUGGAAAAUUAGGAAUUGAGGACCCAACACCUUUUUGCAGUGUUAAUAUACCUAGUGCCGGGUAUCAAUUUUUGCAACCUGGGAGAUAUCUGGCUAUAGUUCCAUCCUCAUCCUCUCAGAGAAAUUCCUGCCCUUUCGUUUUUCCAGGUGUAUAUGACAACUGGGCUUUGGGAUUUAAGAUGCCUCUCUUCAGAAAUUAUUUCACAUUCUAUAUAUUCUAUCCUGAAUAAUCAAAGUAAUAAUUGCCCUUCUCUAAUCUCACUGAGGUGUUCUUUUUUGCA